AUGCAACAGGCCAGAGACCGUUUCGAUGAAACAGGGAUGCCGUCUGUUUUCGAUGGCACGUUGCAUUCUACAGCUACGACAAGGUCGGAGGGAUUGCGCUCCGUGUCCGUAUUUUGUCUCGAUGAUUUGGAACGCAUCAGUCGAAGCUGUUUGCAGAAUCGCGCCAUUGGCACUUCUACUCAACAUGAGGAAAGUAGCCGGUCGCAUGCGGUCCUUCGAAUGGAAAUCGUGACCCAAGCGGUGCUGGAUGCGCGACAAGCUCUGGAUGAUGCUCGGGCGCUGCUUCCAGCGUUCCAGAACGCGCUGGACAACCUCACAAACGUCGCCUGCAAGCUGCUGUUCGAGAGGGACCCCUACGGGCGGUACAACGCCAUCGGCUGCACGGACCCCUGUGGACGAUGCAGCGCUGAGGGCCCCGCUCCGGACCCGAUCUGGGAUCCCGAGGACUCGGGCGGCCUCCGCAGGAGGCACUUCCGGGAGCCCGGCCUCUGGGAGUCCCGGCACGCGGCCCUGCGCGCGCAGAGGCGGGGCCUCGAGGAGUCCCUGGCGGGCGCGCGGGCCGAGGCCAAGCGAGCGAGCGGCGCCCUGGCGGCGCUGCUGGAGCGCGGCCCCGCCUCGCUGGGCGGCUCGCUGGUGCUCGUGGACCUCGCCGGGGCGGACUACGACCACCGCGCCGGCGCCCAGCAGAGGGAGUCGGCAGAGAUCAACAAGAGCCUGCUCGCGCUGAAGGAUCCGGUGCCUCCGUGCCCUCGCCAGCAAGUCUCCGCAGAGGCCGAAGUUCAGGGACUCCAAACUCACGCGGAUCAUGGAGGACUCGCUGGCGCCCGCCGCGGCCAGCGGCCGCCGCUGCCGCGAGAGCACGAGCGUCAUGGUCGUGAACGUGUCGCCUGCGGCAGAGGAGACUCUGGAGAAGAUGACGCUGAACACGCUGCGGUACGGCCAGCUGUAUGCAGAGGGUGCUCGCGGCGUAGCUGCCAGAGCGAAGCCCGGCGCCGCAGCCGGCAGGGCCGUGGCGCGGCCGCGCGCGGACGACAAGCCCAAACAGUAGCCCAUUCAAACUAUUCCGAUUUCCAUGGAAUUGCGCGGCCGUCGAGCCGACUUUCCGUGCUUAAUUGCGGUGUGGCGGUGAUAGGUGUUCGUCUCUCGCAUAAACAAUCGGGCGCGCACCUUGUUACCCCUCUCGAUCCAGUUACCUUCGACGUCACCUCGUGGCGCUACACUGCAAUCCGCCUUCUCACUGACCGCCCGUCUGCGCCCUCGUCUGCGACCUCACCUCUCCCAGCAGGAUGUCUAGGGAGGGACGCGUCUUGCCUGCUCGAGGCUCUGUCGAAGUAG